AUGAUCAUGAGCUCCUAUUUGAUGGACUCGAGCUACAUCGAUCCCAAGUUCCCGCCGUGCGAGGAGUACUCGCAGGGCAGUUACAUCCCCGAGCCCGCCGCCGCCGCCGCCGCCGAGUUCUACGCGCACCGAGAACCGGGCGCGUUCGCUCCGCACCACGCGGAGCUCUUCGGGCCGGGCCGCGGAGCCUUCGGCGGCUGCGGAGGAGGAGGAGGAGGAGGAGGAGGAGGAGGAGGAGGAGGAGGAGGAGGGGGGGGGAGGCAGCACCUGGCGGAGAAGCCGCGGCUCUGCGAGCCCCCGGGCGGGCCCUGCGCGGAGCCCCAGGGCGGCGGAGGAGGAGCGGGGAAGGCGCCCGUGGUUUAUCCGUGGAUGAAGAAGAUUCACGUGAGCAGCGUGAACCCCAAUUUCUCGGGCUCGGAGCCCAAGCGCUCCCGCACGGCCUACACGCGCCAGCAGGUUCUGGAAUUAGAGAAGGAAUUCCACUACAACCGGUACCUGACGCGGCGGCGCCGCAUCGAGAUCGCGCAUGCGCUGAGCCUGAGCGAGCGCCAGAUCAAGAUCUGGUUCCAGAACCGGCGCAUGAAGUGGAAGAAGGAUCAUCGGCUGCCCAACACCAAAACCCGCGCGGCGGCACCGGCGCCGCCCGAGCCGCCCCCGAACCCCAACGGGAACCCGGGCCCGGGCCCGGAGCCGCCCGCCGACAUCACCCGCUUGUAA